AAUGAAAAGCAACUGCACACGCUAAGAACCUGCUAUAACGCUAAUCCGCGACCUGAUGCGCUCAUGAAGGAGCAGCUGGUGGAGAUGACUGGUCUAUCGCCACGUGUCAUACGAGUCUGGUUUCAAAACAAACGCUGCAAAGACAAGAAGAAAACCAUACAAAUGAAGCUGCAAAUGCAACAGGAGAAGGAGGGACGAAAGCUCGGUUACGGCGCCAUGCAGGGCAUACCGAUGAUCGCGAGCUCUCCGGUACGCCACGAUUCUCCGCUCAAUCUGCAGGGCAUCGACGUGCAAACAUAUCAGCCGCCAUGGAAAGCCUUAUCCGACUUCGCGCUGCAUGCGGAUUUGGACAGCAAUGGUGCGAUAAACACGCAUACGCCCGCGUUUCAACAACUGGUGAAUCAGAUGCAUGGUUACGAACUCAAUGGCAUGCCACCGCUGCCGCCACAUCAUGGAGCACAUCCGCCACCACCCGGCCAGGAAUUGAAUGGACCACCCAUAGGCAGCAUGGACUCGGGCAUUACGUCACAUCAUCACCCGGACAGCACUGACUCAUAUGUGACCUAUCUGGAGAGCGAUGACAAGUCCAAACUAGCUUUGACACCAACAUCGUCAAUGUCUUUGUCAUCGUCGUCACUAUCAUCCUCAUCGGCAUCAGCGGCCACAUCAGUCGCAUCGCCGCCAUCAGCCUCGAAUACAGCCAACGGAAGUGUGAGUGGAAUCGCAGUUGGAAUGGGCGCUGCAGCUGUAGCUGGUGGUGUAGCUUGUGCACUCAACACUGGACUCGGUCUGGGAGGAGGUAUGGGUAUGGGCGGUGGUGGCGUCAGCGGUAGCGGCAUUGGGGCCGCCUCAGCAAGCUGUGGCCAAGCACAAUCCGCAACGGAACAGCUGAUGCAAAUGUUGCAAAAGGUGACCGCUUCGCCAUCGCACGCAGUGCUGUGAAGGAUGUACGAGGAGUUCUGCCGUCAAGCCGGAAAUCAGUAAAGCGCAAAGGGCAAAUGUGCAAUUCGGAAGUGGAGGAAGAAGAGGUGAUCAUUGGAAGGGGGAGCAGAUGAAGGAGAGGAUGAAAAGUGGCUUUAGCGAGGCCCACUGUUUGUGGGAAAGGCGCCUCAGUAUUAGCUUUACUUGCUGCUCAAGCGUGGAGUGUAAAACGUCGAAUGAGAGCCAUCGAGUAAGCUGCUGAGUGGGAGUUCUGGUGAAAUAUUGCGCUAAACAUUCUUCACUGGAAAUAAAUUGCGUACGAGCGCCUGAAAAUUAGAAAUUGAUCAGCAUGCAAAUAUUUGAGCAAUUUUGUGCUUGUUACUGCAUACUUUUAGGCGCAUUCUUUUUUAAUUGUAUGUUUAUUUUUGAGUGUGAAUUAUUAGCGCAGUGUUUAAGAAAUUCCAUCGCGGCUUUAGGAAAAAAUUAACUGUUGAUUUCAAUAACCAGUUGUGGUAUUUUUUAUGAAAUAUUUCAAAAUUCUCUAAUGAAAAAUGUGAAUUGUUUAAAAACUGUCAGGAGAAAUUUUGCACUAAGCCAUUUCAAAAUGGCUGAAAAUGCAAACUAUAAUGCUCACUCACUUGAAAAGUUCAUUAUUUGUAAAAAUUAGUUUAAAA